AUAGUCCCUCUUUCUCUCUUGUUUUCUAUGGUCCAAUUUAUAUAUAGUAUGUCCAAUCAAUUAGGGUGACAGUUACCUUCCUCCAACUACUGAAAUAUCUUCUUUUUUUCAAGAAUUCUCUGUUUUCUUGAUUCUGUUUGUUGCCAUGGCAGAAUUGGAAGCUAAGAAAGUAGAAAUUGUGGACCCUGCACCCCCUGCCCCUGCUCAAGAACCUGUUGAAGCUCCUAAAGAAGUGGUGGCUGAUGAAAAAGCCAUAGUUGAACCAGCUCCGCCUCCUCCUGCAGAAGAAAAAGAAAAACCCGAUGACUCGAAAGCACUAGUUGUUGUCGAAACUAAAGCAGAAGAAGCUGCUGAUGAGAAAAAAGAGGGAUCUAUUGAUAGAGAUGCUGUGCUUGCACGCGUUGCAACUGAGAAGAGGCUAUCACUCAUCAAAGCAUGGGAAGAAAGUGAAAAAUCAAAAGCCGAAAACAAAGCUCAGAAGAAGGUGUCUGCAAUUGGUGCAUGGGAGAACAGCAAGAAAGCAAACCUAGAGGCUGAGCUCAAAAAGAUGGAGGAACAGUUGGAGAAAAAGAAGGCAAUAUAUACUGAGAAAAUGAAAAACAAAAUUGCUCUACUCCACAAGGAAGCAGAAGAAAAGAGAGCGAUGAUUGAAGCUAAACGUGGAGAAGAUCUUCUCAAGGCAGAGGAGCUUGCAGCAAAAUACCGCGCCACUGGAACUGCUCCAAAGAAAAUCCUUGGAAUAUUUUGAAGCAGCAAGUACCAGGUCUGCAUCGAUAGUGAUUGGGAGUUGCAUUUUGUAAAGUUUGUGCAAUUGGAUUUUUUCUUCUUGUUAGAUUACAUUUGUGUGAUUAUUAUAUUUUAGAACCAUUUAUUGUUUAUUGUUACGUGUGCAUAGUAAUGUAUUUCCAGUGUAUAUAGCAUCUGGACAAAAUUAACUUUGUGGGAUUGUUAUGGAAGAAAAAAAAUGUUGAAGGAGAUCUUCAUGUUAGUA